AUGGCGCCUGGAGAGAAGAUCAAAGCCAAAAUCAAAAAGAAUCUGCCUGUUCGAGGCCCCCAGGCACCAACCAUUAAGGACCUGAUGCAUUGGUACUGCCUGAACACCAACACCCACGGCUGCCGCCGCAUCGUGGUGUCCCGAGGCCGCCUUCGGCGCCUGCUGUGGAUCGCGUUCACGCUGACCGCAGUGGCCCUCAUUAUCUGGCAGUGCGCCCUCCUCGUCUUCUCUUUCUACACCGUCUCUGUCUCCAUCAAAGUCCACUUUCAGAAACUGGAUUUCCCUGCCGUCACUAUCUGCAAUAUCAAUCCCUACAAGUACAGUGUUGUGAGUGACCUUCUGACUGACUUGGACAGUGAGACAAAACAGGCCUUGCUGUCCUUGUAUGGGGUCAAAGAUGUCCCAGACGGUACAGCUCGGAAACGCCGGGAAGCAGGAUCCAUGCGCUCUGCCUGGGAAGGCACACCACCCAGAUUCCUCAACCUGAUCCCACUGCUUGUCUUCAAUGAGAAUGAGAAGGGAAAGGCCAGGGACUUCUUCACUGGUCGGAAGCGGAAAAUCAGUGGGAAAAUCAUUCACAAGGCUUCUAAUGUCAUGCACGUUCAUGAGUCGAAGAAACUGGUGGGAUUUCAGUUGUGCUCAAAUGACACUUCUGACUGUGCCACCUAUACCUUCAGCUCGGGAAUCAAUGCCAUCCAGGAGUGGUACAAGCUUCACUACAUGAAUAUCAUGGCACAGGUGCCUCUAGAGAAGAAAAUCAACAUGAGCUAUUCUGCCGAAGAUCUGCUGGUGACCUGCUUCUUUGAUGGGAUGUCCUGUGAUGCCAGGAACUUCACGCUUUUCCACCAUCCAAUGUACGGGAACUGCUACACGUUCAACAACAAAGAAAAUGCCACCAUCCUCAGCACCUCCAUGGGAGGCAGUGAGUAUGGGCUGCAAGUCAUCUUGUACAUUAAUGAAGAUGAAUACAACCCCUUCCUGGUGUCCUCCACUGGAGCCAAGGUGCUCAUCCACCAGCAGAAUGAAUACCCCUUCAUUGAAGACGUGGGGACCGAGAUCGAGACAGCAAUGUCCACUUCCAUAGGAAUGCACCUGACAGAAUCCUUCAAGUUGAGCGAACCUUAUAGCCAGUGCACAGAGGACGGCAGCGAUGUGCCCGUCACAAACAUCUACAAUGCAGCCUACUCUCUCCAGAUCUGCCUUUAUUCAUGCUUCCAAACAAAGAUGGUGGAAAAAUGUGGCUGUGCCCAGUACAGCCAGCCUCUGCCUCCAGCAGCCAAUUACUGCAACUACCAGCAACACCCCAACUGGAUGUAUUGUUACUACCAGCUGUACCAGGCCUUUGUCCGGGAAGAACUGGGAUGCCAAUCAGUGUGUAAGCAAUCCUGCAGCUUUAAGGAAUGGACACUGACCACCAGCUUGGCCCAGUGGCCAUCUGAGGCUUCUGAGAAAUGGUUGCUGAAUGUUCUCACCUGGGACCAAAGCCAGCAAAUAAACAAAAAGCUCAACAAGACUGACCUGGCCAAGCUCUUGAUAUUCUACAAAGACCUGAACCAAAGAUCCAUCAUGGAGAGCCCAGCCAACAGUAUUGAGAUGCUUCUGUCCAACUUUGGUGGACAGCUCGGCCUGUGGAUGAGCUGUUCAGUCGUCUGUGUCAUCGAAAUCAUCGAAGUCUUCUUCAUUGACUUCUUCUCUAUUAUCGCCCGCCGUCAGUGGCAGAAGGCCAAGGAUUGGUGGGCCCGUAGGCGGACACCGCCCUCCACUGAGACUCCCUCCAGCCAGCAGGGCCAGGAUAAUCCAGCUCUGGAUAUGGAUGAUGAUCUGCCCACUUUUACCUCUGCUAUGCGCCUGCCUCCAGCCCCGGAAGCCCCAGUGCCUGGCACGCCACCACCCAGAUACAAUACCUUGCGCUUGGACAGUGCCUUUUCCUCCCAGCUCACAGACACUCAGUUGAACAAUGAGUUCUAA